AUGAUUGUGCGAGGGUACAAGAUGAGUGAUGAGCUGCAUGUCUUCAAGCACCUUCUCGAAUUCCCAGACGACAGCGAGGCCGAGCUGUUCAGUGAGUUUCAGAGAUCGGCCUGGCGGCUGCCAUUUUCAGUAACCUACUGGGCCCUCGUCGUCCUGGAGUCGAGUGCCGUUGACGCCAUACCCGUGGAUGACAUUGGUCCUCUCUCGCAGCUCCGCCAGGAUGUCCAUGAGCACCCAAGAUGGAUUUGUCUCCGCGAGGUCGCCAGCGGAAGUUGCAGCUGGAGUGAUUUCCUAGCCGAUCGAAUCAGAGACGGCGAGAUGCUCGAAUUCCUGGCUGCGGUUGUCGAUGCUGCCGACAUCCUCUGUGCAACCUCCGCGCAGCUAGCCGCCGUGCCGUACAAGCUCUGGAAAAAGACAAAGGCUCGCGCUGUUGCUGUCGAUGAGGCCGGCAGCAUGAACCGGCCUGAAUUGUACGGCAUCUGGGGAAACACGGCGCUUCCGAUCUUUCUCUCCGGCGAUGAUAGGCAGUUUGCCCCUCUGGUUCUGAGCAAGAUGGUAAUGGAUGGCAACGACCAUCCGGUCCAUCGGAUCGCCAAAGACGGCCAGCUAUCCCAGAUGCGAGCUCUGCAGGGCAUGGGAAUGCCUGUUUAUCGAUUGAAGCAGCAGCUGCGCAUGGCAAACGGUAUGUUUGAUAUCAUCUCGAAGAUAAUGUAUCCAGAUGUGCCCUUGUCGUACAAUGCCACCUGCGACGUUUCCCUCGAAAAGUUUGACAUUGGAAGAGACCUGGAAGCCUUCAUGUGCCGACACUUUGAACAGCUGUCCAGGCCCCGUCCCGGCAAAAUGCUGCCAGUCUUUGUGCACUGCGAUGUUGCGAAGUCGAUCAUCAACGAGUUCACCGGCUCCGCGCGCUGCCCGGAGCAAAGCCUCGCAGCUCUCCGCCUUGCCGCCCGUUUCGUCGACGAGGAGGGCGCGGACCCUGCUCGAAUUCGUUUCUUGAGCCCCUACGCCGCUACCGUGCGCGAGAUCAGAGACAAGCUGGAAAGAUAUCCGCAGCUCCGGGGCACGGGGCUGCCCUCCACCGUUGACUCGUUCCAGGGUCACGAAAGCGACAUUGUCAUGCUCGUGAUGGGCGUUGCGGGCAGGAGGCCCGGCCCCAAGUUUGUCGCGGAAGAGGCGCGGAUCAACGUAAUGAUGACCCGGCAACGCUGCGGCCUGGUCAUUGUGGGCGACAAUACCAUCGGGGGGAGCCUGGACACCCCCAACGAUGAGAAGAUCCGCAUCACAACGGCAUGGGGCGAUGAGAACAACGUCAAGGCUCCUUCGCUGAAACGACUCUUCAAGGAGCUUGUCAGGCUGGGAAGAUCUGUUCGGAUAACGGAUGAAUUUUUGGAGGAAGCGGACGAUGCUGCCGAAUGA